UCCGUAUUCACUUGACUCGAAAAUUUUAUUUAUUUCAUCUUACAUUUACCAAUUAAUUGGCAUCAAUAUGGCAAUAAGUAUAUCAGUUGGUAUCGAGUGUUUGGCACUCACGACAAUGCUGCAAAUUUACGGUCAACUGAAAAUAAAUAUACAUCGCUUAAAACUACUUUCGAAAUUAUCAAAAGAAAUUAAUAAUAAUUAUAAUGAAAAAUCACCAAUGUAUGAUCAAGAAGAGUACACAAAAAAUUGCAUAAAGCAUCAUCACUUCAUAUACGUACUGGGUAAAAAUUUAAACAAACAAUUCGGUUUCGUAGUCUUCUCACAAUUUUUCGCCUCGUCAAUAAAUAUUUGUGCAAUAAUUUUCAAUUUAUCAAAAGUCAAUUUAAACAGUCGAAUUGGUUCGAUAAUGAUUUCGGCAGCAGCAACUUAUUUUUUCCAAAUUUUCAUUUACUGCUACUAUGGAGAUUUAGUCAGAAGAAAGGUAGUGAAAUCAUCAUACUCUUCGUAUAAUUUACUAAAAAGUAGCUACAAUUAAGUAAAUCGAAUAAUUGCACAAAAAAAUGUGUUAAAAAUUAAUAAUGUUUCAGCG